AUGAUUAAAGAGAAAACGGGAGAGGAAGCUGGCGCUUUCCAGCCACGCUUCGCAGCAAAAACACACGCGUACACAUGUAUGCGACAGAAAAAAGAAAAAAAAGAAAAAGAAAAAGAAAAAAGAAAAAAGAAAGAAAGAAAGAAAGAGAAAGAAAGUGAGAAAGAAAGCGAGGAAGAAAGAAAGAAGGAAGGGAAGAGGGCGAGAGAGAAAACAGAAAAAGAGAGAAAGAAAGGAAGCGAAAGAGAACGCAAGAGUGAAAGCGAGAAAGAGAGAAAGGAAGAGAGCAAGAGAGAAAGAGAGAUAGAAAGAGAAAGGAAGGAAGCGAGUGAA